AUGACCUCGGAAAAGGAAAAUCAAGCUACUUCCGUUGACACUGCUGCUGCUGCUGCUGCUUCUUCGAUCCCUCCUCCCACAUGGGCUCAAUUACGCAUCGUUGCCGUCCGAUCUGCCAUUCCAAUGAUUGGAUUUGGUUUCAUGGAUAAUCUGGUCAUGAUUCAAGCCGGUGAAGCCAUUGACAUGUCACUUGGGGUAGCUUUUGGACUGUCGACCAUGACGGCCGCAGGUUUUGGUCAGUGUUUCUCGGAUGUCGCCGGCUUGACAUGUGGCGGCCUGGUCGAUGCGACCGUGGCAAAAUUGCAAUUGCCGCAUCACAACUUGUCACUCGCGCAAAUGGAUUUGAAAGUGACACGGACGUGCUCCACGCUAGGUGGAUGUGUGGGAGUCGUCACGGGUUGUUUGUUGGGCAUGUCCUGUCUACUCUUUAUGGACACGGACAAGGCCGAUCGCGCUAAAAAGGCCAAAGAAUUGCAAUCCAUAUUUGAAUCCGUCAUUGUCGAAGGACACAGACUCAUCAAUGCUGAACGAGCAACACUGUGGAUGAUCGACCAACAAGACGACUCUGACAGCUCUUCUGACGAUAAAAAGAAGAGCAUUCUCUGGAGUCGCGUAGCGUCCGGUGUCGAUGGCAUAAUUGAAGCGCCGAUGGAAGGAUCCAUUGUGGGAGAGUGCGUGCGCACGCAACAAAUCAUUCACAUCCCCGAUGCCUACCAAGAUCCACGGUUCGACCGUAACGUCGAUCAACAGACGGGCUUUCGGACCCAAUCCGUACUAGCCGUGCCAGUAAAGGACGAUACCGGCAAGAUUGUUGGGGCCAUUCAAAUGAUGAAUAAAAAGGACGAGCAAGGCAAUCAUAUACCCUUUGGAGAAGGGGAUAUCAAAUGUGCUCAAAUGUUGGGAUCCCAUGUCUCGUGCUUUAUUCGUGUCGUCAAUGCGGGGUAA